GAAGUGACGUUGAUUGUUGUAUCGGUGUUCCUUUCGUCGUGUGGUAGCGGCUUUAGUUAUCAAAGAUGACUACAGCUGCAAGACCAACAUUUGAGCCAGCAAGAGGAGGGAGGGGUAAAGGAGAAGGUGAUUUGAGUGCUCUCUCCAAGCAGUACUCCAGUCGAGAUCUUCCAGGUCACACAAAGAUCAAGUACAGGCAGCCUACCCAGGAUGCCCCUGAGGAGGUCCGUGCCCGUGACUUUCGCAGAGAGCUGGAGGAGAGGGAGCGUGUAGCAGUACGUGAAAAAACCAGAGAGAGGGGACCAAGAGAGCACACCACAUCAUCAUCUUCUUCUUCAUCAUCUUCAAAGAGGCCAAGACUGGAUCAGAUUCCAGCUGCUAACCUUGAUGCUGAUGAUCCUCUCACUGAUGAUGAUGAGGACGAGGACUCUGAUGAAGAUAGUGAUGAUGAUGACACUGCAGCUCUUUUGGCUGAAUUGGAGAAGAUUAAAAAAGAGCGUGCUGAAGAGCAAGAACGCAAAGAGCGAGAGCAAAAGGCAGAGGAGGAGAGAAUUCGAAUGGAAAAUAUCUUGAGCGGCAAUCCACUGAUUAAUUUGGCUGGACAGCAGCAACAGAACCAGAACCAGAACCAGAAUUCAUUCAGAGUCAAGAGAAGGUGGGAUGAUGACGUAGUGUUCAAGAAUUGUGCCAAAGGAGUGGACGAGGCACGGAAGGAGAAACGCUUUGUCAAUGACACACUGCGCUCUGAAUUUCACAAGAAAUUUAUGGAGAAAUAUGUAAAGUAGAGAACUUCCUCUGUGUCAUUUGUAUUGUUUUGUUUUUAUUAUCAAAUGUGUUUGGUCUCCUUCCUCUACCCUCUGUUGCAGAGGGUACAUGGUUUUUCAAAUAAACUCUGUAUAGAACUUGA